AUGCAUCUUGUUACGCUGAGCACAUGCAACCUCAACCAGUGGGCGCUGGACUUUGAGGGGAACACAGACCGAAUUAUCCGCAGUAUCCAUGAGGCCAAGAGAGCUGGCGCGAAACUGCGAGUCGGCCCAGAACUGGAAGUCUCCGGCUAUGACUGUCUGGAUCACUUUCUUGAGGGCGACCUCUAUCUUCACUGCUGGCAACAGAUGUACCGUAUCCUGACGGACACGUCAUGCUUUGGCAUCCUUCUCGAUAUUGGCAUGCCCGUUCUGCAUCGCGGCAACCGCUUCAACUGCCGCGUCCUCGCCCUAGACGGCAAGAUCAUCAUGAUCCGUCCCAAACUGUUCCUGGCAGCCGACGGUAACUACCGCGAGAACCGCUACUUUAUUGCCUGGCAUGGACCUCGCCAUGUCGAGGAGUACUACCUGCCGCCCAUGAUGCAGGACCUGCAGGGCUCGAUCAAGGUCCCGAUCGGUGACGCCGUCAUCAGCACGCCAGACACCUGCCUCGGUGCCGAGACGUGCGAAGAACUGUUUACACCAAACUCCCCUCAUAUCGGCAUGGGCCUUUCGGGUACCGAGAUCUUUACAAACAGCUCCGGCUCUCAUCACAGUUUGAGAAAGCUCGACAUCCGUGUCUCGCUCAUCCUUGAGGCGACCCGCAAGAACGGCGGUGUUUAUCUGUAUUCCAACUGCCGCGGCGCAGGUGGAGAGCGUCUCUACUAUGACGGCUGUUCAAUGAUUAUCGUGAACGGUAACAUUGUGGCUCAAGGCAGCCAGUUCUCCUUGAAAGACGUGGAGGUCAUCACGGCUACAGUAGACCUGGAAGAGGUCCGGUCGUACCGCUUCACGCCUUCCCGUGGCAUGCAGGCAAUGCAGGCCCCGGCGUACCGGCGCAUCGAGGUUGAUUUCAGCCUGGCAGACAACAACCCUGGCCUGGCCCCUACCAAGUCUCAACUGCCACGGUACCACCUCCCAGAGGAAGAAAUCGCACUCGGCCCUGCCUGCUACCUGUACGACUACCUCCGCCGGUCGGGUGCGUCCGGCUUUCUUUUGCCGCUCAGUGGUGGCAUCGACAGCUGCUCAACGGCUGUGAUUGUCUUCAGCAUGUGCCGACUGGCUAUGGCAGCGGUUGCCGAGGGGAACGAGACAGUGAUUGCCGAUGUCAAGCGGUUGUGCCGACACGCCAAGGAAUUUCCAAAAACUCCGGAAGAGUUUUGCAACAACAUCAUGCACACCAUCUACAUGGGCAUGAAGACGCAGUCGAGCAAGGAGACACGGCAGCGGGCCGAGUUUCUCGCGCGUGACAUUGGCAGCCACCAUACCGACAUCAACAUUGACAACGCCUUCCACUCGUUCAAGGGCCUCCUCACGGAUGCUACAGGCUUUGAGCCAAAGUUCAAGGUCUACGGCGGUGGCAAUACGGAGAACCUGAGUGUGUUAACGGAAUUGGCCACCAGUGCUCUCCAAAAUAUCCAGGCGCGGUCCCGCAUGGUCGCGGCCUACGAGUUUGCACAGCUACUGCCGACUGUGCGCUUCGGCGAGGGUGCGGGCGGUCUGCUUGUACUUGGCUCUGCCAAUGUUGACGAAUGCCUCCGUGGCUAUCUCACGAAAUACGAUUGUUCGAGCGCCGAUAUCAACCCCAUUGGAUCCAUCUCGAAGAAGGACCUCAAGCGGUUUAUUGCAUGGGCCGAGAAGGAGUUCAAGCUGCCCAUCCUCGGCGAGUUCUUGAAUGCCGUCCCAACGGCCGAGCUUGAGCCCAUUACGGGAGACUAUGUCCAGUCCGACGAAGCGGACAUGGGCAUGACGUACGACGACCUCUCCACGUUUGGCGUGCUCCGGAAAGAGAUGAAGCUGGGCCCCUACUACAUGUUCCAGAAGCUUGUGCAUGACUGGAAGGAAGAGCGCGGUCUCGAGCCCCGCCAGGUGGCCGAGAAGGUCAAGAAGUUCUUUGCCUUUUACGCCAUCAACCGCCACAAGAUGACUACGAUGACGCCGUCCGUGCAUAUGGAGACAUACUCGCCCGACGACAACCGCUUCGACCAUCGGCCGUUCCUGUACCCGCGCAUGUGGGACAACUGGUCCUUCAAGAUGAUUGACCAGGACGUCGAGCGCAUGGAGGCGGCGCAGCUGGAGUCGCGUGAAGCCGCCCAGGCCAGCAGCCACGGCGACAACUGA